CUUGGGAUAUAGUCGGUUUGGAGAACCCGAGCGAGCUCUGGAGUUCUACACUCGGUUGCUGCACGAGAAAAGCUUGUAACCGGACGUACGUUGCUGCUCUCAAAGCCUGCGCUGAGCCUUGCAGCACUGGACUUCGGGCAGCAGAUUCACGUACAAGCUUGCAGUGCUGGACUGGAUACAGAGGCAUCGGUGGGAAGUUCUUUCGCUCAAAACGAGGCGCUCAAAGAGCGUGGCCUUGCAAGGUGGACGCGGUGGUGUGGAUGGCAUUCUUAAGUUCGUGCCUCAAGUGGAGAAAUGUGGAGCUUGGCAGGAUGGCCUUCAAGUCGGUUCUCAAGCUCGACGAUGGAACAGGCUCUGCGUACUCUCUCACGUCCAACAUCUAUGCCCGAGGUCAGUCGGAUUUACAACUCCAACAUCAUAGGAAACAGUUGUUGGAACGAUUUAAUGCUUCUUUUAACAGGAAGGCAUGGGGACUCAAGAGAAAGGAACAGAACACAAGCGAAGAACAGCGAAGAACAAGGAUAAAGCAAGGAGAGGGGAAGCGGUUUAAAGGAAGGAGGAAGGCAUGGGGACUCAAGAGAAACGAGCAGAACACAAGCAAAGAACAGCGAAGAACAAGGAUAAAGCAAGGAGAGGGGAAGCGGUUUAAAGGUAUGUAAUCGUUGCGUAAUCCUACAGCAAAGCAUGGAAGUUUCUGGUCCCAUUGGCCCCCAAUGUUCAUCAUUUUCUCGCUCAGCAUGCCUUCCAACCAGCAGUGGCCUUGUUAAACAAGCAGCUCCGCAAGCUUACCAUGGAUUUG